AUGUCACCCACUGCUGUGGUAGUGGUGGAAUCUGUCUCUCGAAUGGGUAUUGUCUUGACGUAUCCCAGCCUUACGUCCUCUCCAGAGGGGGAUGUACAAGUGACAACUGGGGAUCAGGGUGUCCGACACAUUGCCACUGACAUCUAUGACCGACCACUCUUAGAGACCUCGUCCGAAAAUGAAGGCGCCUCAAUUAUAAAUUUAUCUCUCAUCGAUGGCAUAUCGUUAUACUGCUGUGGUACACCUAUCUACAACGGCUCUGCGAUAGUCUGUCCAGACGGCGACAGCUUCCAGGUUGACGAUGGCGAAGUUAUCCUAGGACGCGCAGCACUCGCAAAUGCGACGACCAUCUCAUCAAAUGGUACCUCCUCAAACUCAACCACCGCCACAUCCUCUGCCUCCUCGAGUAACUCGCAUAACGUCGCGAUCGGAGCGGGAGUGGGCGUCCCUUUAGGUGUUAUCGCAAUCGGCACGUUGAUAUGGGCUCUUUGGGAGCGAAAACGUGCGAACAGAUUGAGCAAAUCAUUGGCUACAGCAUCAGUGGGUCGAGGGACCUAUAACGAGGUUGACGGUUUAACCUCUUCCUCUGCCAUGACCCGAAGCUCUGCGCCAAGAGAGCUGGACCCUCAACUCCCAGUGGCAGAGCUGAUGUCGAAGGAGCAACCUUCUCAUUAA